UGCUAGAGGAUCCUGGGAGGCAGAGUGGCUGGUCCUCAUCUAAGCUGUGUCUCUGACUCGUUUCUGGCUUUAGGCAAGCCGGCAUGCUGACUUUAUGGGGGUGCACCCUUCUCCCCGAUUUCUUCCAAUGGGAAAAAUGGUGAAGAUGUUCGGUUUCAUCCUUGUCACCACUACCCUGAUAAUGGGCAAGGCAACCUGGGCUCUCGAGAACUGCCUUCAGGAGCAGGCGCGGCUCAGAACCCAGGUGUACCUGCUUGAGACCCGGGUCAAACAGCAACAGGUCAAGAUCGCACAGCUUUUGCAAGAGAAGGAACUCCAGUUCUUCGAUAAAGGAGAGGAGAACAGUGUCAUUGACCUUGGAGGCAAGAGGCAAUACGCAGAUUGUUCAGAGAUUUUCAACGAUGGAUAUAAGCAGAGUGGAUUUUACAAAAUCAAACCUCUCCAGAGCCCAGUGGAAUUCUCUGUUUAUUGUGACAUGUCUGAUGGAGGAGGAUGGACUGUGAUUCAAAGGCGAUCUGAUGGCAGUGAGAACUUUAACAGAGACUGGAAUGACUAUGAAAAUGGUUUUGGAAAUUUUGUCCAAAAAAAUGGUGAAUAUUGGCUGGGUAAUAAGAAUCUUCACUUACUGACCACACAAGGAGACUACACGUUAAAAAUUGACCUUGCAGAUUUUGAAAGAAAUAGUCGUUAUGCACAAUAUAAAAAUUUCAAAGUUGGAGAUGAAAAGAAUUCCUAUGAGUUGCAUUUUGGGGAAUAUUCUGGAACAGCUGGAGACUCCCUUGCAGGGAAUUUUCAUCCCGAGGUGCAAUGGUGGGCUAGUCACCAAAGAAUGAAAUUCAGCACAUGGGACAGAGAUAAUGACAACUACGAAGGGAACUGUGCAAAAGAGGAUCAGUCCGGCUGGUGGUUUAACAGGUGUCACUCUGCAAACCUGAAUGGUUUAUACCACAGCGGCCCCUACACGGCUAACACAGACAAUGGCGUUGUCUGGCACACCUGGCAUGGAUGGUGGUAUUCUUUGAAAUCUGUGGUUAUGAAAAUUAGGCCAAAUGAUUUUAUUCCAAAUGUUGUUUAAUUGUCCCUGUUGGGCUUUUGCUUCUGCAAUUCAUCUUGGCUUUAGUGAUUUGAGAAGUAGUAAUUCUGAACACUUACAUGUGUGAUGACGACAAAUGGUACAUGCACUACAUUUCAGUCUUACUUGCCUUUAUUACUUAAUGUACUUCCAGCACAGCAAAUAUGUGAUACUCACCAAAUAAAUAUAGAUUAUGUUAAUAUUUA